AUGCGGCCCAAAGUCCUCGAAAUCGCCUGGCACGAGACGCAGGCCAUUUACUCUUGCGACUUUCAGCCACUGCCUACAUCCCAACUGAAACGCCUCCUCCCCACUUCCGAUGACGAUGACAAGACCGACAAGGCGUCGGCCAGUGCUGUUGGACGGCAAUACCGUCUGGCCACCUGCGGCGGUGACUUCAAGGUCCGCCUGUGGAUGGUUCACCCCAAUAUCCCGACCGUCUCCUCGUCGGCUCAUGCCGCUCUCACAGGCCAGGAGAUUGCCCCUCACCCCCCUCGCGUCGAGUACCUCGCGACCCUCGUAAAACAUACCGCGGCCGUCAACGUUGUCCGCUUCUCGCCAAACGGCCAAACUCUGGCGUCGGCUAGUGACGACGGUAACGUCAUCCUUUGGGUUCCGUCAGACCGCCCCAUUGCUACCUUUGGAGAGCCCACCGAGGACCUCCCCGACAAGGAGCACUGGCGUCCUCAGAAGAUGCUCCAAGUCACGAACAAGCAUGUCUACGACCUUGCGUGGUCACCCGACGGCGAGUUCUUUAUUGCCGGUUCCACGGACAACACGGCUACUAUCUGGAAGGCGUCUACUGGUGAAUGUGUCUUUGCCCUUCGUGAACACACGCACAACGUCCAGGGAGUCGCCUGGGACCCGCUCAACGAGUACAUUGCUACUCAGAGCAGUGAUCGUGCUGUUCAUGUCAACACCUUUGCGUUCCGUAACGGUGUCCCAGAAGUCCACCCCGUCACGCGUGCAAGUCGCAUGGAGAUCCGCCACUCUCGCACACCUUCGUUCCCCUCUGCGUCCAUCGGUCGGCCACCAUUCGUCCGCCGAGGCUCUACGGCGUCGGAAACUGGAUCAGUUAUCACCACUGCGUCUGAGAUGACAGAGCACCCUGCCCUCCUUUCGGCCGCUGCUCUUUCCACUCAGCCACCCCCAACACCUAACAGCAUUUCUGUGCCGUCGACACCGAACAUGAGCACAAUGAACCCACCACCACCUGGCUCGGCGCACAAGCCAAGCUCACGCCGUUCGUCAUUCUCCUCGCAACACGGAGCUGCUUCCCCUGCAUUGAGUGUCGCCCCUGGGCGUGGACGUUCGCCUUCCCCCAUUCCUCCCCUGCCAGCUAUGCGUGCACCCGCACCAACAACUGCCAUCAUGCAGCGCCUCUAUGCCGAGGAGAGCGCAACACGCUUCUUCCGCCGCUUGAACUUUUCCCCCGAUGGAAGCCUUCUUCUCACACCCGCUGGGCAGAUUGAGGACCAGGUCUUCAAGGGCUCCCCCUUGAUGUCUUCGCGCAGUCUCUCGACUGAUGGCGCGGACCGUUGUGGCCCUGGGACCAACGGUGGUACCUCUACAAACCCAUCGACGGCGGCGGCGGCGGCGGCGCCCCCAACCACGCGUCAACGGGCUGCCAACGUUGAUGCCGGCAAACCCACAGUCUACAUCUACUCGCGUGCCAACCUGGCUCGCGCUCCAAUCGCCAACCUGCCUGGCCACAAAACCCCAAGUGUUGCCAUCAGGUUCUCGCCCAUAUUUUACGACCUCCGCACCGGUUCGAGCUCGCAGGUCCAGGCCGAGCCUAAACAGAUUACUCUUGACGCCUCGGACCCGACCCCAGUCCACGUCUCGCUGUCAAUGCCCCCACCACCUCCACCCCAGAAGGAGGGGUCAGAAAAGGACAAGGACAAGGAGAAGCCUCUCGGAAGCGUGUUUGCCCUUCCUUAUCGUCUACUGUACGCUGUCGCUUGCCAGGACGCGGUCUUGCUGUACGACACGCAGCAGGCUGGACCCGUCGCCAUCUUCCGCGGUCUCCACUACGCCGGCUUCACCGACAUUGCCUGGUCACCCGAUGGACAGGCCAUGAUGCUUUCAAGUGCCGACGGCUACUGCUCGAUCGUCGUGUUCGACCUCGGAGAGCUCGGCACCGUGCACCCGACUCAGCAACACCAUCGUCAGCUGGCUGCCAUUGCCCACUCGCACGGCGGCAGCUCGGCUACCGCCACCCCCAUGCCCCACUCGCCCUCAGUGUCGACCAUGCGCGCGAGCCCUGCGCCUCCACGUAGCGAGCGCGAAGAGUCCGUGGCGUCUAGCGCGGCGCAAGCCCCGCUCGCUCGCUCAUUAUUCCCUGGGACCGGCCGUCCAUCCAGCUCGUCGGUCAGCUCGGUCGACCAGCCCCUGCCAACGCCCAGUGACGAGACCGAGUCGUUUGUUGGCGGUGGAUUGCGCCGCCCCUCUGGCGAGUCGGACUCGACGGUGGGCCUCGGCCUCAGUGACGACACGGGCAAGCGCGAGCGUCCCGACGAGGGAGCUGCGCCCAAGAAGAAGCGCCGUGUUGUGCUUACCCACCUCGGAGACGAUUGA